UAUAACAAACACGAAACUUCAACUUUUAGCUAGCUAUAGCCUUCCCUAGUUCGUCCUGAAAUUCCUGAAAAUGGGGAUUGAUCACGAAGAAAUCUCCACGGAAACCACGACUCUCGGGGAAUUAUUAGUGGCGGAAAACAUCGGAUCCCGACACAGAAAAGUUGUCAAGGCGCUCUACAAGGCCUUGGCACAUAAAGACACUAGUACCACCUCAAAGCUCGUGGCUCCGGAUCUUGAGUGGUGGUUCCAUGGACCGCCACAUUGCCAGUACAUGAUGAGGACCCUAACCGGAGAAUCGAGACACGUGGAGUUCAAGUUCAGGCCUCGGAGCAUCACGCCCGUUGGUGACCGAGUGGUGGCGGAGGGAUGGGAAGGAUCGAAGGCGUACUGGGCGCAUGUGUGGAGCGUCAAGGAAGGGAUGAUCACUCAGUUGCGUGAGUAUUUCAAUACGUGGGUGACGGUGAUUGUUGGGAAUUCAGAAGUUGAGGAUGAGAUGAUGAAGCUGUGGCAGAGUGAUCCUAGGGAGCGGUCGCAACGCUCAUUGCCAGAUAUUGUUCUAGCUAUAUGAUCAUAUAUAAUAAUCGUUUUAGAAAAUUUGAGAUUUUCUCUUAUCUUUAGCUAUGAUACUUUUUUAGUUAAAAGCACGAAGAAUAGAAUCCAACUAAGCAAAUUUCCUAAUCAAACUUGUUAAUUUAGGAUUUGUAUUAUUUAUGAAGGGAUAUUAUUAAGUUCAUUGACAUGUUGGAAUGGAAUGAUAUAUAUAUGCCUUGGUUA